UCGCUCCCAUUUGCUGGCUGGUGCCCUGAGGGUGACGAGACUCAAUGUUUAGCAAUUUCUGUGCAUAACUUCGCAUCGCAAGAGCAAGUGCGUGUUUCCCCCCCUCCUUUCUUUUUCCUGCUCCUAAACGCCUCCUUCAAGUUUGCAGCUGGGCAGGACUCCAAAGGUGCAGCAGCAGCAGCAACAAGCCGGAGUUCAAAGUUAGCAGUAAAUUGCACAACUUCCAGCUCAUCGCUACGCUCAGUGACUAUUAACAAGCUGGAAGACGCUCAAGGAAAAAAAUAGGGGAGAAGGGAACACCCUCGAAUUGUUGGGGAUCGCUGAUGUUAUGCUCCUGCCGCUGGGAUCAUGGCUCCCUUUGGAAGGAAUUUAUUAAAAACCCGGCAUAAAAACAGGUCUCCAAACAAGGACAUGGCUUCAAAUGAAAGAGAGAUUGUGGUUUGGGUUUGCCAGGAAGAGAAGAUUGUAUGUGGCCUGACAAAGCGCACAACUUGCGCAGAAGUGAUUCAAGCACUGCUUGAGGAACAUCAGGCAACAUUUGGAGAGAAAAAGGUCUUAUUUGGAAAACCUAGUGAUUACUGCAUUGUAGAAAAAUGGAGAGGAUCGGAGAGAGUACUUCCUCCCUUGACAAAGAUUCUGAGACUUUGGAAGGCCUGGGGUGAUGAGCAGUCUAAUUUGCAUUUUGUGUUGGUGAAAUCAGAUGCUUUCCUCUCAUUUCCAUUGUGGAAGACAGCUGAAGCAAAGGUGGUACAAAAUGUAGAAAAACAGUGGGAGCUCAGUCCAGCAAAUUACAUGAAGAUGCUGCCGAUAGACAAGCAAAAGAAAAUAGUCAGGAAGACUUUCCGGAAGCUGGCCAAGCUUAAACAGGACAGUGUUCAACAAGAGAGAGAUAACAUGGAGACACUGAUUCAUCUGAUCAUUUCUCAAGAUCAUACCAUUCAUCAGCAAGUCCUUAGAAUGAAGGAACUAGACAUGGAAAUUGAAAAAUGUGAAGCAAAAUUCCAUCUAGAUCGUGUGGCAAAUGAUGGAGAAAAUUAUGUACAGGAUUCUUAUUUAAUGAUCAAUCCAAGUGAGGCUGAGCAUCAGGGAAGUAGGCCAGAUGAUCAAAAAGAGAUGAAUGACUAUUUGAGCAAAAGUGAGGGAAUUUUACAGGUUGAGGAAAGACUGAAACAUCACAAACAAUUAAUAGAGAAGCUAUGUGCUGAAAUUGAAAGAGAGGUACACGGUAUAUGCACAGAAAAAACUGGAGAUGAUGUUUGCACUGAAGAUGCUGCUAAUGCUGACCUGGAAAGUUCAAAUUUGGAAAAUGUAAAAUAUGAGCUGGAAAAAAGUAUGAAAGAUGGUCUGAGAAUCAACUCGUACUUGAGCUGCAUUCAGAAAGAACUUACGUACAGGGACUCACUGCUUCAAAAGAAGGAGAAAGAAUAUGAACUUCUCACAGAAGAAUUUAAUCUACUACACGUUAAAGACACCAUUGAAACUAGGCUUCCAUCAAAUGAAGAGACAUCCAAGGGCAGUGGCAUCUCCAAUAACAGCAUUGCUGUUCCUGACUUUGUUCAUAGAGUGACUAAUCUGGACAUAAAUGAUACAGACUCGGACACUGGAAUCAGCUCUACACACAGUCAGGACUCUGAAAUAACUUCAGGGGACAUGGUACUGUUGUCAACAUAGUUGAAAGCAGUCACACUUUAGGUAAAGUCGUAUUUGGAGGAUAUUUAUAAGAAUUUGUAAACCUUCUUAUCUUGAGUUCAGCCAUUGAAGAUGUUAAAACUGUGGCAUCAUUUUAGAAAAGUUAACAGUGUCUGUUUAUGUGCUUAAGACUAUGCUUAAAUUCAUGGGCAGUCUUACAGGUAAACUGCUAAUGGGUGCAAGGCUGUUAGGUCUGCUAAAUCAAGACAGACUGUUUGGAUCUUGUAACAUUGAUACUCAAUGGAACAUGAGCAUUCUGACUGACUUGGACCAGAAGUCUGGAGAUUUGAUAUCACCUAAUCUUUAGGUCUAUUUCUUCAUCUCUGUAACAUUUUAGGAACGUGAA